AUGAAGAUCGGCUGCGCCGGUCUCGGCCGCAUGGGCAAGCGUCACGCCCUGAACUUCUUGGAGCGUACUCCUCGCGCUGAACUCGUCGCCGCCAGUUCACCAGACCCUGCUGAGCUCGAAUGGGCCAAGACACACCUGGUGCCUUUUGGCGUGACGCUGUACCAGAACUAUGACGACAUGCUGAAGCAUGAGGGCUUGGAGGCUAUUGUGGUUGCAUCCGCGACCGCAGUUCACGCCGAGCAGGCAAUCAAGGCAAUUGAAGCCGACAAGCACGUUCUCUGUGAGAAGCCGCUGUCCACAAGUGUCGAAGUCUCCCAAUCCGUCGUCGACGCCGCAAACAAGAAACCCAACCUAAAAGUGAUGUGCGGAUUCUCUCGACGCUUCGACAAGUCCUACCGCGACGCCUACAACAAAAUGCAAGCCGGUUCCAUCGGCGCGCCCUCCGUUCUCCGCAGCCAAACCUGCGACAAGCUCGAUCCGAGCGGAUUCUUCGUCGCAUACGCGGAAUUCUCCGGUGGUAUCUUCGUUGACUGCUCUAUACACGAUAUCGACCUGGCACUGUGGUUCUUCGGCGCCGGCAGCAAGGUCAAGUCUGUAUCAGCGAUAGGAAUUACAGCCGUGGAGCCCGAUCUACGCAAGCACAACGACCGCGACAAUGCGGUUGGACUGGUUGAGUUCUACGACGGCAAGAUUGCUUAUUUCUAUGCCUCGCGCAUGAUGGCCGCGGGACAGGAAGAUACUACCGAAAUCAUUGGCACGAAGGGUAAACUCGCUGUUAAUACCCAGCCAGCCAUGAACCAUGUCAGCAUGUACGAUGAGACUGGUAUUCGUCGCGAGAUUCCUCAGACAUACUAUGAUCGGUUCGAGUACGCAUUUGUCACUGAGGCGAAUGAGUUUACUGCGGCUGUUCUGGAUAAUAAGCCUCUUCCUUUGGAACUCACUGCUGCUGUGCAGGCGGUGCGGAUUGGAGCUGCGCUGCAGGAGUCCAUGAUCUCUAACCAGAAGAUUUUCUUCGAUGAGGCGGGGAACAGGACUGAGGUUUCUCGUCUUUAA